AAAUAAUUUAUUUUUCUAGGGUCUGGUCUUCGCUUCUGCCUUAGGCUGCGCAGUGUUUGAACGUGGAAUUGAAGGAGUUUAAAGGCAAAGAGAGGUUCGCACCGUAGAAUCGAUUCGAAAUUCAUUCUGAUAGCGUCACUCUCCGAUCUCCAAAUUCUCAACAACUAUGGUGAGAGGAUUGCUCAACAAGCUCGUCUCUCGCUCCCUCUCCGUCGCCGGAAAGUGGCAGCACAACCAGCUCCGCCGCCUCAACAUCCAUGAGUACCAGGGCGCCGAAUUGAUGAACAAACACGGAAUCAACGUUCCGAGAGGCGUAGCUGUUUCCUCUGUUGAAGAGGUCAGAAAGGCCAUCAAGGAUGUCUUCCCUAACGAGAAAGAGUUGGUGGUUAAGAGUCAAAUUUUAGCCGGUGGACGAGGUUUGGGCACUUUUAAGAGUGGUCUUCAGGGAGGAGUGCACAUUGUUAAGACUGAACAGGUUGAAGACAUAGCCGGGAAGAUGCUUGGACAGAUACUAGUUACCAAACAGACCGGUCCUCAGGGAAAAAUAGUUGGCAAGGUUUACUUGUGCCAAAAGUUGUCACUUGUAAAUGAGAUGUACUUUGCUAUAACACUGGAUCGUACAAGUGCUGGUCCAAUUAUUAUUGCUUGUAGAAAGGGAGGAACCAGCAUUGAAGACCUUGCAGAGAAAUUUCCAGACAUGAUUGCUAAGGUACCUAUUGAUGUUUUUGAAGGAAUCACUGAUGAAGAUGCUGCGAAGGUUGUUGAUGGUUUGGCUCCCAAAGUGGCAGAUAGAAAUAAGUCGAUUGAACAAGUGAAGAAUUUGUAUAAACUUUUUGUUGAUUGUGACUGCACGCUUUUGGAAAUCAAUCCCAUAGCAGAGACAGCUGAUAACCAAUUGGUGGCUGCUGAUGCUAAGUUGAAUUUUGACGAUAAUGCUGCAUAUCGUCAGAAAGAGAUAUUUGCUCUUCGUGAUACAACACAAGAGGACCCUCGAGAGGUGAUUGCUGCAAAGGCAGAUUUAAAUUAUAUUGGAUUAGAUGGAGAAAUUGGCUGCAUGGUGAAUGGAGCAGGGUUAGCAAUGGCCACAAUGGAUAUAAUUAAACUGCACGGGGGUACUCCUGCCAAUUUUCUGGAUGUAGGUGGGAAUGCCUCUGAAGGCCAGGUGAUUGAGGCAUUUAAAAUAUUGACCGCUGAUGACAAAGUGAAGGCAAUUUUGGUUAACAUUUUUGGUGGUAUAAUGAAGUGUGAUGUUAUUGCAAGUGGAAUAGUGAAUGCUGCAAAAGAGGUUGCACUGAAAGUACCGGUAAUAGUUCGUCUGGAAGGCACCAAUGUUGAUCAAGGAAAAAGAAUACUGAAGGAAAGUGGUAUGGCAUUAAUAACGGCCGAAGAUUUAGAUGAUGCUGCUCAGAAAGCUGUGAAAGCAGCUUACAAAUGAAGGGAUACUUCUACUCAUUUUAAGAAUUCGGUUUAGUUGCAACAUUAUUUUUUGCGUUAAAACAUAUUGACGAGAAAAGGAUUGAUGCGAGAAGAAGUCUUGUUGAAGCUGCAGUGCUUAUCAAAGCGUUUCCAAUAAAUUAUUGAUUCCCAAGUUGUAGUUCAUUUGGGUUGAUGAACGGGAUUGCAGUUUGGCUUCUCUCUCGCAAUUCAGAAUAUUGGUCCCUUCCUUUCUGACUUUUCCUGGUUGAAUUCUGUUCUUUAUGCAAAUAACAUGGAAAUACUUGUUUUUUCUGUUAGACACGGUGGUUCAUUAAGUGGCCAAAACCUGCUUUUUGAUUGAGGUAAUUCAAUUUUGAAUGUUUAAUGA